CACUGUGGAAAGGGAGGAGCGGAAAGUGAAGCUUGUGUUUCCUUUGGAAGGACGCACUCCAGUCCAACCAGCCAAACUGUGCCCAUCACCACCGGGAAGCAACAAAGGCAUUGUUUGGCACAAAUAUGAACCCCAUCACCACAGCAAAUGCUGAAUUUUGUCUUGAUGUAUUCAAAGAGCUGAGCAGUAGCAAUGCGGGAGAAAACAUCUUCUUUUCUCCACUCUCUAUGUUCUAUGCUCUAAGCAUGCUCCUUCUGGGCGCCAGAGGCAAGAGUGCUGAGCAAAUGGAAAAGGUGCUCCACUAUGACAAAUUUUCAGAAUUCUUAAAACCAAAGAUGAAAGACUCUUCUGAGUGCAACCAUGGUGGAAGGAUACAUUCUGAGUUUGGAGCCCUGCUAUCCCAAAUCAACCAACCAAAUUCCCUCAGCAUUGCCAAUAGAAUCUAUGGGAGUAAGGUGAUAACAUUCCACAAGCAAUAUUUAAGAUGUUCUGAGAAACUGUUCCAAGCCAAGCUGCAAACUGUUGAUUUUGAACUGUCUACAGAAGAGACAAGGAAAAGUAUUAAUGCUUGGGUUGAAAAUAAAACUAAUGGAAAAGUCACAAACCUAUUUGGAAAGGGUACAAUUGACCCCUCCUCUGUCAUGGUCCUAGUGAGUGCCAUAUAUUUCAAGGGACAAUGGAAAAAUAAGUUUGAGAAAAGAGAGACCGUGAAGGCUCCCUUUCAUAUAAGUGUGGGUAAAAGUGCAGUUGUGGACAUGAUGUUCCAGACUGGGACGUUUAAACUGGCCUUCAUAAGAGAGCCACAGAUGCAAGUCCUUGAGCUUCCCUAUGCCAACAACAAGCUAAAAAUGAUCAUCCUGCUUCCAGGGGGCACAGCCAAUGUAAACCAGAUAGAAAAACACCUGAAUGUGAAGAUGCUUCAAGAGUGGACCAACUCUUCUAACAUGGUGGAAAGAGAAGUGGAUGUUCACAUCCCCAAAUUCAAUCUCGCAGUGAAAUAUGACCUAAACUCCCUCUUGAAAUCCCUAGGGAUGAGGGACAUCUUCAGCGUGGGCAAAGCUGAUCUCUCUGGGAUGUCGCCAGACAAAGGCCUGUAUUUAUCCACGGUCGUUCACAAGUCCUAUGUGGACGUCAAUGAAGAAGGCACCGAGGCAGCAGCAGCCACUGGGGAGAGUGUGGCUGUGAAACGACUUCCUGUCACAGUUCAGUUCACAGCAAAUUGUCCCUUCCUCUUCACUAUCCAGGAUGAGUCUGACAAUAUUUUAUUUGCUGGCAAGUUUGCCUCUCCAUAGACAGAGAGAGGUCACUGUGGAGGCUUCAGAGGUAGAUGAAGGAGUACAGGGGCAAAGGGGCCAAAAUUUGCAUCUCAGCUUUUGUGCAUCUGCAAAGCAGGUCUACCAGAUGGCAGAUCUUCAGCCUGAUCCUGUGAGCUAGUGGACCUCACACUGGAGAAGUCCUGUAAAAAGAUACAUUUAGACCAGUGCUUUUCUGGAUUUCUUAUUUUUGAGACCUCAUUUGAGUACUGAGUGACAUGACUGAGUUAGCAGAGAAGUUUAUAAAGGGCUGAAUGUUUUUGGGUUAUCUAUGUUAGCGAGAUUGUGAGUGAGUGAACACUACAAAUCAGACCAAGGGUUUCUACUUUAGCUUGACUUUUAAAUAUAAGUUUCCUGCAUGCCUAAAUAUGGUAGUAUGAACUUUAGCUCAAAAUUCUAUAUUGAUCAUAAUAAAUGGACACAAUGCUUUAAGUUCUUUGAA